UUAACGAAGAAUCGGUACGAUUAAACGAGAUAGUGAUGUCUAUAAAUGCUUUUAUAGUGUUUCUAGUUAAUGGUCGUGACUCGCAUUUCGACGCGUCCUAGCUGCUCGUCAGGUAGACAGUGACUGUUUAGAUAUUGUCAAUUCUCAGGCACCUACGCAAGAAAAUGAGCAUUCUCGCGUACAACGGCGGUGCCGUGAUAGCCAUGAAGGGUAAGAACUGCGUGGCCAUAGCAGCGGAUCGCAGAUUCGGUAUACAGGCGCAGACGAUAACGUGCAAUUUUCGGAAGAUCUACGAGAUGGGACCGUAUUUGUACGUCAGUCUGCCUGGACUCGCCAGCGACACCCAGACCGUCAUAGAGAGGCUACGUUUUCGCCUAAAUCUUUACGAGUUGAAGGAGAACAGGAAGAUCCAUCCGAAAACGUUCACCGCGAUGAUCUCAAAUCUACUGUAUGAGAAGAGAUUUGGACCUUACUUCGUGGAGCCCAUUGUGGCUGGCUUGGAUCCUGUGACGUUUGAACCGUUCAUCUGCAACAUGGACCUGAUAGGUUCCAGAAAUAUGGCUGAAGAUUUUGUAGUGGGUGGCACAUGUACAGAGCAACUUUAUGGUAUGUGUGAGUCGCUCUAUGAACCAGACUUGGGGCCUGACGAUCUGUUCGAGACUGUCAGCCAGGCUUUAGUUAAUGCAUUCGAUAGAGAUGCGAUAUCUGGAUGGGGUGCUGUUGUCUAUAUCGUAGAGAAGGAUAAGGUGACAAGGAGAAUGAUCAAGACACGAAUGGAUUAAAUGCAAUUUAUGUCUUUCACAUCAAUAUAUAUGGCAAGAUUUUUCAUAAUUAUUAUUGUAAUUAAGUCUCUAAUAAAUAUAAGUGAAAAUUUACAUGAACUUUCA